GUCAGCUCUAGAGUUUUCUGUACUAUAUAACAUUAACACAUCUUCACCUGCCAAUAUGCAUCUAUUUAAGCUUCUCCCUCUCUUUCUGGGCCUCUCGCUUGCCCUUCCGGCUGCUGAAGCCGAUCCCAAUUCACUCGAGGCUCGAGCAUGCACAUACAGUAGUUGCGUCUCGAAGUGCUGUAAGGACGCUGGGUGUAAUGGGUUUUUGAAUUGUGGUAGAUCUAGGUGCUCGGGUGGUAAAUGUACAUGCCACUGCCAAUAUAACUGAAUUCAUUCACAGUUGGCAAGAGCCACGGUCGACCGCAAUACAAGGAUAAUUUGAGACUACAUGCGAG